AUGAACCCAUAUAACAAUUUUCAAACUUCAUAUUUUCAGUCGGAUUUCCAUCCUGACAAUUAUAAUAAUAGUGGUGAAAAUCCUAAACGGAAACGAGAUGAAUACGAAUCAUAUAAAUUCAUUGAUGAUGAAGAGCAAAUAUCAUCAGAUAGUGAAGAAGAUGAAGAAUUGCAAUUAAUGCAAGGAUAUCAACCUGAUAGAAAACGAACAAAAAGUUCAACAUCAACCAUUCCCUCUACCAACCUCCACAAUAACCUUUCCCUCCAAUCACCACAACAACACUUUUUAAAUAAUAAUAAUAACAUUCAUCACCACAACAAUGAGAGUGGAUCUAUUGUUGAAAACAAUCAAGAAGAUGUUAUUGAUGGUGAUUGUAUGAUGGACGAUGAAGAAAGUUACCUUCAACAAGAAGAACCAAGCCUUUUUGUUCCACCUAACUUGCAAAAUGAUCCCUACUCAAUCCAACAGUUCGAAUACAAGAGAAGACAAGUGUAUAAUCAUUACCGAAUAGAGAAAGAACGAAAGAUGGAAGAGAUAGAAUUGAAACAAUCUAUGAAACAAGGAGAAACAAACUUUAGAUUGAAUCCAAUACUUCGAUAUUUACACAAUGAAAGGAAAAACAGAAUAAAUAGCCCGUUUGAAUAA